AUGCGGGUCUUCAUCCUCGUUGCUGGUGUUUUUUCGGCAAUCUGCGUCCAUUGUUUCGCAGACUCAAAUAUGGAUUCCGUGGCGAAAAUUCGAGUGGCCGCUGACAAUUCGUUUGCUGGUGGUGACAUGAAAACUGCGAUAUCGCUACUUUCAAAACUUAUCGAGCUUGAGCCUACGAAUGAACGUAACUUUUACAAGCGCUUUCGUGCUUAUUUGAGUGAACGCAAGUAUUCGCAUGCUCUGUCCGACCUGACGUCGUCACUGGACUUGAAUCCCACGUACAAACAGGGAAUUUUACAGCGUGGAAAGCUUCUAUUAAUGCUAGGACAGUGCAAUGAAGCGACGAAAGAUUUUCAGAAUUUUGUUGCGCUCUAUCCGGAUCAAACAGAGGGAUCUGAGCAGUUAAAUAAGAGCCAGGAGUGUGCUGCACGAAUUGACGAGGCGGAGCGUGCGCACAGCCGUGGUGACUAUCAAUCGGCAUAUAAUUCCUUGACCCAAGUGCUAGAAGGCUCGGCGAUUUCUAGUGUACCGCUGUUGUUGGAACGAGCUCAACUUAGUGUGUCAUUAAACAAUCCGUUCGACGCUAUUGCAGAUCUUGGUACCAUUUUGAAGCUGGAUUCGUCCAAUUUGAUUGCUUUGCAAAUGCGUGGUGAAGUAUUGUAUUCGCUAGGGGACAAACGGUCAUUAGAGGCGGCACAAUCGCAUUACCGACAGGGAUUGCACUCAGAUCCAGAACAUCGAGGCAUCAAGUCGCUGUAUCGGCGCUUAAAAAAGGUGCUUAAGUAUGUUUAUCGAGCUGAAGAUGCGGUGCAACGUGGAGCACAUGCUGAAGCAGUAAUUGAGUGGCAAGAGGCUGUCAAAGUGGAUCCAGACCACUCUGCAAUGAACAAGGAAUUUUACUUGCAAUUGUGUACGAGUGAACUCCAUCUUAAGCAAUACACCGCUGCUCAAACCGCGUGUGAAAAAGUUGUGACUAUCGAUGAUGGAUAUGCGCUGGCUUUUGCCAAAUUAAGCGAGGUACAACUGGCUCUUGAGCUGUAUGAAGACGCCGUACGAUCAGCAAAACAUGCUUUAGAGUUGGAGGAGUCAAAUCGCGAGUUUAAAGAAAAAGUGGCACAAGCAGAGGCAGCAUUAAAGCAGAGCAAGACAAAGAACUACUACAAGAUUCUUGGUGUCUCUCGUACUUCGGAUUCUAAGGAGAUCAAGAAAGGCUAUCGUAAACAGGCUCUGGAGUGGCACCCGGAUAAGCACACGGAUAAGGACGAAGCAGAGAGGGAAGAAAUUGAGAAGCGUUUUCACGAUAUUGCUGAAGCUUACGAAAUUUUGUCAAAUGACGAGACUCGUGGUAUGUAUGACCGCGGCGAGGACGUUACUGGCAACUCGCAGCAACAGCAACAGCGCGGAAAUCCGUUCAGUAAUGCACAAUUUUUUCAGCAGGGCGGUCGCACCUUUCACUUCAAUUUUGGAGGAUAA